AUGCUAGAGGAAGUCACUCNAGAAAAGUAUGGCAAGGUCCCUGGGUUGGCAGUAGUCAUUGUAGGAAAUAGGAAGAAUUCUCAAAGUUAUGUGAAUAUGAAGAGAAAAUCUUGUGCUGAACUUGGCAUUCAAUCUUUUGACAUAGAUCUGCCAGAGGAUGUAGCUGAAGAUAAACUGAUUAGCAAGGUCCACGAGCUGAAUGCUAAUCCUGAUGUACAUGGUAUACUGGUACAGCUUCCGUUACCAAAACAUAUUAAUGAAGAGAGAGUUCUAGGUGAAAUCAGUCUGGAAAAGGAUGUAGAUGGCUUUCAUCCUCUGAAUAUUGGCAAGCUUGCAAUGAAAGGCAGACAACCCCUGUUCCUCCCUUGCACGCCCAAGGGAUGCAUCGAGCUUUUACAUCGGAGUGGGAUUAGCAUAAAGGGGAAGAAUGCAGUUGUGGUUGGUCGAAGUAACAUUGUUGGAUUACCAGUGUCUCUGUUCCUUCUGAAGGAAAAUGCCACUGUUACUAUAGUUCACUCGCGCACCGAGGAACCAGAAAAAAUCGUUCGUGAAGCAGACAUUAUUAUUGCUGCCGCGGGGCAAGCUAUGAUGAUCAAAGGCAGCUGGAUCAAACCUGGUGCUGCAGUGAUUGACGUAGGGACAAAUGCUGUUGAUGAUCCUACUAGGAAGUCAGGAUAUAGGCUUGUUGGAGAUGUCGAUUUUCAGGAAGCAUGUAAUGUAGCUGGAUGGAUAACUCCAGUUCCGGGAGGUGUAGGACCGAUGACUGUUGCAAUUCUUCUCAAGAAUACCUUGGAUGGAGCUAAACGAGUUAUCGAGAAGUUCGAGUUGUGGAAUCAGUCACUUUGGAUGUGACCCUUUCCCGAAUCCUACGUGAACGCAGGGACUUUCUAAUGGCUUAACUCGUGAGAAUGUGGCUAGUCAUUUGCAAAAGU